AUGACGACGCUUUUGUCGUCUCAGUCGUCGGGAGUGUCGUCGUUGUCGUCGUCGUUGGCAAACAACCGGGAAAAAGAUCGGGGACAUCUGGGACGACGAGUAAAACGCGUUUUGAGGAGUAAGAAAGCGAUGACAUUUUACUCGUCGACGUCGUCGAAUGAAAGCGCGGGUACGCUCAAGCGAACGCAAGUCAUCGACCGCACCGAGCGAACGAAACUCAACGAAAGCGACGAUUCGCUCUGGUACAGCGCGCCUCGGUUUUGCACGCACGUGGACGACGGUUUUUUAGAGCAACUCACUCGACUGUAUCGACAAAGAACGAAGGCGAGUUUCAAAGUGUGUGACUUGUGUUCGUCGCACGUAUCUCACUACCCGUACGAGUACGAGUACGCGUUAGGCCACGGGUUGAAUCGAGAGGAGCUGAAAAGAAACAGGCAGUUUCAGGGGAACUUUUUCGUGCGGAAUUUUAACGAGAACCCGACGAUAGAGGCGGAAGAUCAGACGUUCGACAUGGUAUCGAUGUGCGUUUCGAUUCAAUACAUGCAACGAGGCGAGGAACUGUUCAAGGAAAUAUUUCGCGUUUUAAAACCCGGCGGGGUGGUGAUUAUCUCCUAUUCGAACCGCAUGUUUUACGAGAAGGCGUUGAGCGUGUGGAGAGACGGAACCGGGUAUUCGAGGACGCAAUUGGUGAAGAGUUAUUUUCAAAACGUGAGCGGGUUCACGGAGCCGGAGGUUAUCACGGAGGUGUUACCGGACGGCGUGGAGGACGAGAAAAACGUAUUCGUAAAAAUGAUGAAAACUUUUAUGAAACGAGCGAGUUCGGAUCCGUUUUAUGCUGUCGUCAGUUAUAGAAACUUUAAACGCAUCGAGUAG